AUGUUGGAUCAACCUGGCGUCUUCACCUACCGCGACGCUGUUGCGAUAAUUCAGCUCGUCCCAUUCACGAUUUACCUAGGCUUCGCUUUCGCGCUGUGCUUCCGCCACGGAUUCCGUCGUUCGGAAGGUUGGAUCAUUUUGGUCACCUUCUCGACCUUACGUGUGCUCGCUGCGAGCUUCCAACUUGCCUCUAUCAAUGAUCCUACCAAUUCGGUCUAUGGAGGCGCACUCAUUUGCCAAGGAAUUGGUUUGGCUCCACUAACGUUGUUGAACUUUGCGCUAUUCGUGAGAGUGAACAAAUUUGUCAACACGAUACAUCAGAAGAUCUUCUCUGCUAUCUCAUUACUCGCGAUCGCGGGUAUUGUGCUGGCUAUUUACGGCGGCAUCGAGUCUGCAAACUCGCCCACUUUGGCAACCAACGACUUACUGAAAGCUUCCGUCAUCCUCUUCGUGGCUUCCUAUCUCGCUUUCGUGUGUAUAUUCCUGAUUUUCCUUCGACAAUGGCAUAUUAUCCCCUCCGGCGAGCAGAAGUUGCUUCUCUGCUUUGCAUACUGCGCGCCCUUCAUGGUGGUCCGAUUUCUGUUUAGCAUUCUGGGGACGUACGUGGAAAGUCUAAGGUCCCAGUUCGGCGUACUCACUGGGGAUGUCACAGUAUUUCUAUGCAUGGCUGUCCUUGAAGAGAUCAUUGUGGUUGCGCUGUUUGUGUAUACAGGCAUGAGAUUGGAGCGUCUUCCGCCUGCGUUAAGGAACGGUGCCAAGCCCCGCGACUCGAGAGAAGUUAUCGAAUUGGGAUCCAGGGAAUAA